AAAUUUAUUGCAAAUAAUAGUGUAAUUUAACGUAAGAAAUUAUUUUAAUUAAAAAAAACCUUAAAUCUACGGAGAAUCUAGGGAUAUGUUAUAGUCACGGGAAAAAUUAUUCAUUUGGAAAAUUGUUUCCUGUCUUUUAUUAAAUUUAAGGGCUCCAGAAAAUUUAACCCCGUGUCUGUAACCUGACUCGCAGUUUGUCUUGCCAUCACGGGUCGUAGCGUGAAUCGUGUCGAUAGACACUGCCGUGUUGUGUUGACCAACCAAACAUUUAUUAUUGCUAACCUCAAAAUAUUAAAUCACCUUUAUAAUUACAAAUAAAAUAUUAAUUACAUAAAUAAUCAAAUACAAUAUUUAUUAAAGUUUUAGUUUUUAUAAGUAAUAUAGAUUUUUCUAAGUGUUUAGAUAAUUGUUAUAAAAUAAAAUGUCUGAAACGAACAAUCAUUUCGAUCAACCACAAAGCCAGCCACAAAAUCAAGAUUCAGUUUUAUCAAAUAAUUCAGCAAACAAAAACAAUCAACCUUCAACUAAUGAUAUACCUCAAUUCUUGACUAAAUCUAAAUUACAAGAUUUAGUACGCGAAGUUGAUCCAACAGAACAAUUGGAAGAAGAGGUUGAAGAAAUGUUACUUCAACUUGCUGAUGAUUUUGUAGAAACGACGGUCAAUGCUGCAUGCCUACUAGCAAAACAUCGGCAUGCUAACACAGUUGAAGUCAAAGAUGUUCAACUUCAUUUGGAGAGGAACUGGAAUAUGUGGAUCCCAGGAUUCGGUACGGAUGAAGUGAGACCAUUUAAACGUGCAACAAUAACAGAAGCUCACAAACAACGUCUAGCUCUUAUAAGAAAAUCUAUAAAAAAAUAUUAAUUCUAAUUAUAAAUUUUAAAGUAUGUUUUUUUUCUGUAAAGUUCUUAAAAAUAAGCAGUAAUUUUUUUAUUAUUUAUUGAUAUGAAAAAAUUAAACGAA